AAAACGCAACAGUUGGAGGGGAGAAGAAAACAAGAGGAUAAGAGCUGCUUGAGCUUGACUCGAAAAUCCACCCCCAAAAUCAAUGGCCUAUUCAACUUCUUCGUCUCUGCCCCGUCUCCACUCUUAUGAAAUCAUCACUCGCUCUCUACAUUGCCAGAAGAUAAACCCAUCUUUCAUAUUGUCGCGCGUCGAAAAGCAUUCUUCCCCCUUUUGCUUCUCAUCCAAGAAGAAACUUAAUGUCAUGGACCAAAUUCUCGAUUACAUUGAAGGGGGUCCAAAGUUGAGAAAAUGGUACGGGGCACCUGAUCUCCUCCCUAAAGAUGGAACCUCAUUGGAAGAAGAUGAGCCUAGAGGAGGAGAUGAUGAAGUUAGAGAUGCAGUAUUAGUGACUGAUGGAGAUAAUGAAAUUGGUCAGAUGAUUAUACUGUCCCUGAUUGUCAAACGAGUUCGAGUUAAAGCAUUGGUAAAGGAUAAGCGGGCUGCUAUGGAAGCCUUUGGUACUUAUGUUGAGUCUAUAGCUGGAGAUGUCAAGAAUAAUACAAUUCUAAAGAAGGCACUAAGAGGCGUCCGUGCAGUGAUUUGCCCAAAUGAAGGAUUUCUAACUAAUGUUGAUAGGUGGAAAGGUUUACAACACGUGAUCCUGUUAUCUCAGUUGUCUGUCUAUAGAAAUACUAGUGGAAUUCAAGCAAUGAUGAAUAGCAAUGCAAGAAAAUUAGCAGAGCAAGAUGAAAGCAUGGUGAAGGCCUCUGGAAUCCCUUAUACCAUCAUCAGAACUGGGUUUCUAAAGAAUAACCGUGUAGGGAAGCAAGGCUUCAGCUUUGAAGAGGGCAGUGCUGCAAAGGGAAGUCUUAGCAAGGAAGAUGCAGCCUUUCUAUGCGUGGAAGCUCUUGAUGCUGUCCCACAGAAAGGACUCGUCUUUGAGGUUUAGUGAACUCUUGAUGAAUUUAUUUUGACUGUUAUGGAGACCCUAGGUGGUAAAUGGAGAUGACAAGGUUUCGGAUUGGAAAAGUUUCUUUAAGAAAUUGUUGGAGAGCUCACAGUAAUAUGCACAGGCUAGUUACAUUUUUAUUUGCUAAAAUUUCUAUCAAAUAUAAUCCGAUGUAAUUACUAUUUUAAGUUUGUGUUGAACGAAGAACACAUUUUAUUUUCUCAAAUAAGCGAACUUACUUUUCCAACUA